CAUAAACAAAAGUCAAAUUGCCCAUUUUACCCCAUCUCUUACAUCACCCUUAUAAAUAUCAAAUUCCUCCCCACCCCACAAAUCUCUCUCACUCGUCAUUCCAUUUGAUUAUUUUCUACAAACACAUAUAUAUCAUAACACAUCAGCACUGAAAUUCUUACAUAUAGAUAGAGUUGAAGAAAUUAAGGUAGCUAGCUAGACAUUAAUAUAUGGGAAACUGCUGCUUCAAAACGGAGUCAUCGAUGGGGUGGGAUGGUGAAGACUGGGGUUCUUUCACAUCUAAGCGUUCGAGCAAGGUGUUUGAUGAAGGUCAGGGGUUGAGUUUGGGGAACGUGGAGAGGGAGAAGGUGAUAGGAAUGUUGAGAGCUUCUUCUGAUGCUGAUGGGAAGGUGAAGAUUAAGAUUUCCAAGAAGGAGCUCAAGAAGUUGCUGGGAGAUCAGACAGUGAAGAAUAAGCAAGCUGAUCAUGAAGGACAUGGACAACAUGGACAUGCUUCUGCUGAACAAGUUCUUGUUGGUUUGAUAAACGCCAGAGAUCAUCAUGGUGAUCAUCAUUGGAAGCCUGCGCUGCAGAGUAUUCCUGAGGUUUAAUUGAUUAAAUGAUGAGGCGGUGUAGUGUAGAGGUUGACAAAGGUUUUGGUUUGAACUUGUACAAAAUAGAAUUAAAUACUGUUCCUAUAUUUUUUUUAUUUGUUUUCAGCUUGUAUUUUCUUGUAAGAUAGAGGUUGGGGAUGAAUAUUGUGUGAUUUGUAUAUUCCUGUGAUUAUGUGAGUGAAGAAUGAAAUGAAUUUUCUUAUGUAA